AUGUUUUUGUUCCCUUUCCUCCAAAGCAAAGACAUUGCUGAAAGGAUACAGAAAGUGUUGGAGAGCCCAGGGCCCUUCUUUGACCUCAAGUCGGACGGCUCUUCCAGUCCCAGCUCCCCAGAAUUCCCCAACAGGAAGAACAAGUGAGUUGAGAACAAAAGAACGCUGGGAAGCCUUGUGUAAAGUGGGGGGGGGAGGGAACCUCCACCCUGCUAUGUUAUAUUAACAGGAAAGUGAUUGGGCCAAUGUAGAGUAGUGGACUAAGCCUUUGGAAACCAGGGUUCAAAUCCCCAGUUGGCUAUGAGGCUCACUGGGUGACUUUGGGCCAACGGCUGUCUCUCAGCCCAAGCUUACCUCACAGGGUUGUUGUGAUGAUAACAACGAGGAGAACAAUGUAUACCACCUUCAGCUCCUGGGAGAAAAGUUGAGAUAUACAUUUAACGAACAAUAAACAGUGCUUCAUUUUUAAAUGUGCGUAUUGAGCUCUAACGAACUAGAGGACCUGAGCAAGUCUGGGCAGGCUUUUAAGACUUCUCACAAAGUUAGGCUUUUGUCACAGAGGCUUAUGAACUGUAAUGCUGGGCUGGUGGCCCUUGAGAUUUAUGAGAGUGAUGAUUUGGGGCUUGUGUGUUCCUCCAGCAGAACGCUCUCCGGUCAGACAUCAGGGUAUUGUGUGAUGCAGCCCUUGUCCCGUUCCUCGUCCAAUGUGAGCAGCUGUUGCAGCGGAGUGAGAGAAAAUGAGACGUCGGAGGAGGAGGAGAACGAGGCGGUCAGUGUGGGGUCUUGGAAAUCCCCUUUCCACUCAAGUAGUCCUCCUGUCCCAGCUGAGCAGCUGCAGCAUCCUCUAAGGCCCGUUCCCCAUUUCUCUUGUGCAGGAGUUGAUGUGUUCCCUUGAAGGUCCCCAAAAGCAGGAGUCCCUGACUCAGAGCGCGUGGUUAGACGAUAGUGUCUGCACACCCAGCAGUACCAGCUCACCAGGUAAAAACCAAACGAGUUCUUGCAGGUUCUAGGACAAGACUUGUUUGGGUGAACUAAUGUGUCACCUUUGCAUUAUCAUUGCUGCUGCAAAGCCAUCCCACAUUGCACUGACAGCGAGUAGAUGGGAACUUUCCCAUGUUGAUGUCCCUCAUGGAGGAAGGAUGAAAGCACAAGAAGGACUCCUGUGCCUAUUUGCAUGAGAAGGACGUGGCUACAAUUUUCCAAGUGAACCAAAGAUUCACUAUCCUUUUGAAAAAACCCCAUUUCUGACCAAGAGGCAGGAAUCGUUUGAGAAUGACGGCUGUCUUUCCUUGCAGCUGGAAAGCAGUAUCACACUUUCAGCUGCUGAAGAAUUACCUGGUUUCUUUACAAUAUGCUAAAGCAAAUCAAAUACAUCCUCUUUUCUUUCUCUUGAUUCUACUUCCUCCUGACACAUCCUAGAGAGGUGGGCUCUGGCUAAAGGCAUGAAUAAAAUGCAGCAUCGACCAAUGACCCAAUGUGGUACAUUCCUUUCUUACAGGGACCAGCCACAUGCUUCUGGCAGCUUGAAGGCAAUAUGCCUCUCCUACUGGUGUUCUCCAACAACUGGUGUUUAGGGAUACAAUGGCUUUGCAUCUGGAAGUUUCAUUUAGCCCUCGUGACCAAGAACCAUUAAUGGACAUGUUCUCUGUUUUGUUUUUUUUGUUUUUUGUUUUUUUUUUAGAAUUGAUAUUUAUUAAAUUUUCAAAAAAUAACAAGUAACAACAAAAAUUUCCAAAAAAGUUUGAAAAUACAAAAAAAACAAAAAUAAUACAGAAAUAAUAAAGAAGAAAAAACCCAGCCGCAAAAAAAGAAAAAAAGAAAAACAGAAAAACAGAAAUAUAAAAUCCUUUACGAUCUCCAUUAACUUCCUUUCUAGACUUCCUCCUCCUACCCUCUCUAGUAUCUUAGUAUUUAAUUUUAACAGCAAAACCUAACUGUUUUUAAAUAACAAACAAUAAUUGCGUUUCAUAAUUCAAUAAUCCCUCUUGUCAUAUAAAAACUUUAAAACUCAAAGCUUAUAUUCAAUAUUUAGCAAAUUCUUACAUCAUUACCUUUUUCAAAUCAUUUACCAAUCCUUACUUAAGUCAUAUAAUUUCAUUCAACAUCCUUCAAACAUUUAUAAACAUUCCCAAUAUUAAAAAAUAAGAAAGAAAAAACAAUAAGUCAGAUUCAAUCCAGUCAACUUCCAGCCUCCCCUCCCCUGGACCCGGGAUUGUCAGUCCUUUUAACCUCAUUAAUCCGGCUCCUUAACCUGGUUGUCUCGUAUCCGAGGCCCUCAAGUCUCUUUCUUGCCCCUUUCGCCACUCUUGUUGAUAUUUCCCUUUCAGUCGUGGAUACUCCAGCAAGAAGAUGCUUUUGACUCUUUGCAGCAAGUCCAUCCCAAACCCAUUACCCAAGCCAGACAGCAGAUAAUACCACUUCCAAUUUCCACAAAACUUGGAGACUUCGACUACUCCAAUCCUCUGAUGGCCCAUCACUAGACUCGGAAAGUCCAAAUAACCAUAUGGAGGGUGUCAAUCCAUCCCCCAUUUCCAAAUCUGACCACAUUUCAUCUUUCCGAAUCAGGUUUGUCCCAAGUUCAUUUAUCAAGUUCAAAGGCUGAUCUUGCCCAUCCAUAGGUCCCUCCAUCUCUGAAGCCUCCGUCGCUACAGCAG